AUGUCAAGCGUCAGCCACACCAGCAAUCCCGAGAAGGCAUGGAACGGUUCUGCUGUACCCUAUCGAAACCAACACCAGGCGUGGCCCUACGUUCAAGCCGACUUCAAACGCGUGGACGAAAGCCCAGACAAUUCAUUCUAUAGCGACAGUAGAUUCGUCACUCACAUCGACGAUGCUGCCAUAGCAAGCCUCAGGAGAUACUAUGACACUGUCUUACCACGAAAAGGUCGAAUCUUGGAUCUUUGUUCGUCGUGGAUAAGUCAUUAUCCCCAAGCCAUCGAGAAGGCUGCAGCAGAGGGUGAAUUGAAAGUCGUUGGCCUAGGGAUGAACCAGGCCGAACUCGAGAAGAACCAGGUGCUUUCCAAAAGAAUACUUCAAGAUCUGAAUGAGGACCCGAAUGUCCCUCUCACUGUGUGCGGCGAACAGGCUGUCAGUGGCCUACAGAGUGCAGACAGCGUCGAUAGUGAGAGCGGUUUAUUGGAUUGUACGACUUGCGUUGUGAGCAUAGAUUACCUGACUCAUCCCAAAGAGGUUCUCGAGAGUGUCAGACAGUUGACUAGAUCAGGCGGAAAUUGCCAAAUCAUUGUCAGCUCAAGAAUGUUCCCAACCAAGGCAACAAGUGCAUGGAUCAAGAGGGCACCAGAACAGCGUCUGCAGAUGGUUGGAGAUUAUCUCCACUUUGCUGGUUGGAAGAAUAUCGAGAUUAUCGACAUCAAAGCAGGAGAUGUCGCGAAUGCUCCGUCGGAAAAUCAAGGCGGAUUGCAAGGCUUCAUGCAGAUGAUGGGUAUGAGUGGUAGUGACCCAUUGUGGUGCGUACGGGCCUUCAAGCAAGACUAG